AAAAUGUGAACCAUUUAUGACUUCAGUUGAGCUUGCAGAUAUUAGAUGAAGGUUGCCAUCUCGGCAGAAAUUCAGCAUGGCGAGGAAAAUUGUAGGCGCUGCUCUUGUUCUUGUGGUUUUGUGUGUUAGUGGAGAAGCAGAGGCAUAUUUAUGCAGUAAGAAGUUAGACAUCGUAAUAGCAGCAGAUGUGUCUGGCAGCAUGAACGACAACCAAUUUAGACAACUACAGACAUUUCUGUCAACGUUAGUGGAUAACAUCAAAAUCUCCAAAACAAAUGGCGCACGGGUCAUCGUCUUUGCCUUUGAUGACCAGAUAAAUAGUCUAACAUCAAGCUUCAGUGAUAGAGUAACAAGAGUUCGAUCUGAGAUUAAGAGACAGAUAAACAGCUUACAAUUUACUGCCGGAGCUACAGUGAUAAAUACGGCAAUAGAAGAAGCCAAGAAUUUACUUAGCUCCGCAAACCGCGAUAACGCACAAAAAGUAGUCGUGUUUGUAACUGAUGGUGUGAAUUUUGGUGGAACUGAUUCACUUGUUCUGCCAGCACAGGAAUUGAGAAAUGUCUCGACAUUCAAUGCCAGAGUUAUCGGCUUAGGUAUAGGUGAAGCUGGCUCCGUUAACGUUCUUGGGCUUCGAGUACUUACCGGGCGAAAUGAUCGCGAUCUUAUUCUGACGUUCGAGACCAGUUCAGGAGGCAAGUGCUGUGAGGACGAUGAUGAUGAUGACGGAGAUGACCGCAAACGUCGUCGUCGUGAUGAUGAUGAGGACGAGUGUGAUGACCGCCGUCGGCGUCGACGUCGCCGUGAUGAUGAUGAUGAUGAUGAUGAUGAUGAUGGCGGCUGCAGCAGCGGCGUUAGCAACGAGCUCAAAAAAGUGAUCAACUUAAUUUGCCACGGCUGACCAUGAAAAGAUUUAUAGAAGUAACUCAGCUUGGCUUAUUAUUCGAUAAAACGACGCGAAACGACCUAGAACACAUAUGAUUAUGUUUGUUCUUGCUUCGAAUGUUGCAAGAGUGAGUUUGUAGAAGUUUUCGUUCGAGACUGUUUCUCUAACAACACCACUCAUUCCUCCUGAUAGGAAAAUUGUAGAUUAAAAGUGUUCAAAAAGUUGUCAGAAAUGGCCUGCGCUAUACUUGAUUUAUAUCAUUACAUGUUUGGCGGAGAAAGUAGCUGAGAUAAGUUUAGUAUUUAUAUCAGAAAGCUAACACUGCAUUAGAUCUUUUAAGGAUAAUGUAGGCUUCAUUAGCCUUUAACGUGUCUUUAGGAACAUCACUUUGGACCUGUUACAAACUGGAACGCUGGAAAAAGAAUUAUUUAUCAUUAUGAUAUUUGACAAAUCCAAGUAUUGCUUGGACGAAAAAAUCAUGUAUGAUGUACUGGGUAUAUUUACUCAACUUUAUAGAUUCGUAAUAAUGCUCUUCAAAAAUAACUUUUAUGAAGUCGAAUUGAGCAGGAACUCUGAAAUAUGUCAUGUUAGGCCAAUUGAAGAGUAUUAAUCAUGCGCGAAGUCAAUGAUAGCAGAGUGUUGCAAUAGACUACUCUCGUUUUCAUUUCACGUGGGCCCCGAACCUGCUUUAUCUACCACUUUCAAAUAAAGUUCUCUCUUUAAAAGAAGCAAA